GGUGGCUCCACAAGCCAAAACUACCUCUCGACCCUGUUUAAAACGGGUGGGGUUUGCCUUAUAAAUACAACAGCUUUCGACACCCCAAUCAUAAUCUAACCAUCGUUCUCAUCGUUCACUACUGCCACCAACCAGUGUGUUAUACUCGGUCGUGUUUACCUGUGAAUUAUUUUAAAGACUUGUGAAAAUUUUGUGACUUUACUUUUUGGAUUACAAUGCCUUUCUAUACCAUGAAGAACUACGCUAACUGUCCUCUGAAAAAGAGGCCAGUUUUCUUUUACGACGAAACUGUCGACGAACCAGAAAAUCUUAGCACUAAACCGGAAGAUUUAAGUAGAACCGAUCGUCUAUCACCUUCGUCAAUCCCAGACUCAUCGCCAGCUUCACCACAAUCUCUAGAAACGUCAUCGCCACACCACUCACCAGCUAGAUCGACACCAUCACCAGUGAAUUACUAUCAAGCUCCAAUAAAACCCGAAGUUUACCCUGAAUACUCACCAGAAACAUGGCACAGAAGUGUAGCCCCAGUGUACCCACAAGGAUACCACUUCAUGUACCCAUACCACCAGCAGGAAUACCUACCGCACUACCCAGCACAAACUUCACCAAUCCGCCCUACACCGCUACAACCUCUCGCUCUACGUCCAAAUGUGUACGCCAACGUGGAACAUCACCAUCAUCACCAUGCCAUUAAGCAAGAAGUCAAACCGGGCAUACGACACGAGUGCCCGGAUUGCAGCAAAGUCUACUCAACCCAUUCCGGUUUGACCAAACACCGUCAGUUCCACUGCUCCGCCGGCGAAGCCCCAAAGAAAACAUUCAACUGUAAUUACUGCGAAAAGUUGUACACCUCCAUGGGUGCCUUGAAAAUGCACAUCAGAACCCACACACUACCAUGCAAAUGCACCAUCUGCGGCAAGGCCUUCUCCAGGCCAUGGUUGUUGCAAGGACACAUCCGCACCCACACCGGAGAGAAACCGUUCUCCUGCAACUUUUGCAACAGAGCAUUCGCCGAUAGAUCCAACUUGAGGGCCCACCUUCAAACACAUUCAGAAGUCAAGAAAUAUUCUUGCACGAAAUGCAGCAAAAGUUUCUCCAGAGUUUCUCUACUCACCAAACACACAGAAACUGGCUGCAAUGGAUGCACUGCUAUGAUGAUGUAA